UUUCGCUAUUCUUCUUGUAAAAUGUCGCCACCGGAACAGAAGCGCAAGCGCGCCAGCUCUUCAGACGACAGCUCCGGGAGCGAUAGCGGAGGCGCACACAACGCACAUGUAUCUGCCGGUCGGUCAGAGGCGACCCGCGAGGACGACGCACGGAUCUCGUACAAGAGCUCCGAAGAGAUAACCCGGUCCAUCCGCACAACCAACCCUGAUCUGCUCGUUCAAGGAUUCACGCACUUCCGAGAGCACCUAAGGCUGUGCACUCGCAAGCCGCGCCACCAGGAGACUGCCGAGGAGCGUGCGCUGCGCGAGUCCAACAAGCGCGUCGUAUUUGAGUGGGCUGAGCUGCCCGAGUCCUUCUCCGAUCUCUCUUCGGCCUGGCAUUUGGCGACCACCAACGCCGUGGCGCGCCUGGACGGCCUGGUGCCCGUGACGCUGGCCAGCCUCCUGGAGGUAUUUGACACGCCAUCGACAAGUCGGCAUGGCAACAAGCUGAUCAGCGUCGUUAUGGAGGGGUUCAUGAAGACGAUUUACCGGGCAUUCUCGACGCCGCGGUCGUUUGCGUGCGCAGCGGUUCUGCAGCUGCUGACGCAGAUGGUAGUGUUUGCUAAUGGCGAGCACGCUGAUGAGAUCCGAAUGGCGUUUGACUGGACGAUCAAGACCUUGGGCCAGCUGCCGUUUAUCAGGGCACAGGGGACGGCCACUGGCAUCCGGAUGCUGUGGAUCCGCUUCGUGAUGUCGUUUUUUGCGGCCGAGCGCUGCACCAGCGCCAAGGAGCUGCUGAGGAGCGGCAGCCUGAUUCGUGAUCUGUUCAAGGGCGUGGAGCAGGACUCGUACCCUGAGCUGAGCGAGUUCCUGCACAAAGUACAUACCGGCAUCGUUACCAAUGAUGAGGUUCGGAGGUCGGACAAAAUAUCGCUGUUUGGCACACGCGUCAUUGAGAUGAUUAUGCGAGCAGCAGACAACCACGAGGUCGUCGAGUUGCGCAGGGUGGGCGUUGCCCAGAUGGAGAUGUUUGCGCCGCAGGUGACCGACGCCGAUCUGCGGUUCCAGAGCGACACAAUAUCGGAUCUGAUCAUCCGGUUUAUGAGCGGGCUGAUGACGCACCCUGGAGUAGGGAUAUGCUUCAAGGAGUAUGGGCUGUACCCGGCGCCGCGCAAGUGGGCCAGCGAGGCCGGCGACAAGGACAGCGAUGGCCUGGACAAUGGCGAUGACGAGGACAUACAGGAUGUUGCGGUCUUGUCGCGCGGCUCUUCUAGGCAGCUGCAGUAUCUGUGCAAUGGCGCAGUCCUGCGGAUCCUCGUCCAGCGCAUCAACCCGUCGCAGUCCAGGCAGCGCACAGAUCUGGCAGUUUCAAUCUUGCGGGCCAGCCCCGAGCUAAUUGCGCCGUUUUGGCGAAACAUCUCGUGCUCGUUCGAGCCGCGGCUCUCGUUGCGGUACCUCGGCAACACCACGCUGGCGCUCAAGAUCCUUGGGCUUCCUCUGCCUGUCCCGAAAGAGGGCGAUCCACAGAGACAUGGGCCGCCGAGGCUCAACACCCUAGUUGAGCACGUCGCGCCAUUCCCACUGACGCGGCUGAUUGUUGGCCGUGGAUUGCAGCACAAGGAUUCGGCGUUGGUGCGGUACCGCAAUCUUCUGAUUAUUGAUCUUGUCUUGCGCAAGCUGGCUAUGGCACGGGCCUGGAUCCAGAGCGAGAUCAAGCUAGGCGACAGUACCAGCAAAUGGGGCGUGUUCGAGAAGCAAUUGCUGGCGGCCGUCAAGCAGAGAAUCCCUGAGUGGAAGGUUGUGAUUUCGGCGCACCAGGAGAUUCAGAGCAAGGCUGCCUCCGAUACGUCGGCGGACGAGGACCUGCGGGAGGCGGAGUGCCAGCGGGCCCUGAUGAGCAAUGUGCUUAUGCGCAUUGUCCACGGCUACCAGGAGCACUUCAAUGAGCUUAUCAUCGAGUCACGAUUCGAAAUCGGAAAGCUCAUUGCUGACAUUAACUUGGCAGAGGUGGUCUCUACGGGAGCUGCCAGCAGCUCAAAGGUGCGCAAUCCUAUGAGCGCGCACACGCUCUUGUAUUUGCUGCAAGUACUUGCAACCACGCCGGCCGCGCACAUCAAGUGGACAGCAAAGGCCAGCGGGUCUUCCACACAGCACACGAAUUUGGGUGUCAUCCUGACCAUCUACUUGUUUGCGGUGCAGCCAGAGCUGCGUCGCAAUGCCCGCACCGUCUGCAUUAACGCGCUGAUGUCAUCGGGGCUGUUUGAUCAUGAGCAUGGGUGCCAUAUGGCAUUCCGCGAGGCCAACUGCUGGCUCGACACCCUGGCUGCACUGACGUCGCCGCUGGCCUGCAGAAAUGUGCGGCUCGGACAGAUCUCGCAGAGCGAUUUGGAGGGUGGCCAGGCGUUGGUUUCAUUCCUCGAGGAUGCUGUUGCGCAGGCUGCCCGGCUGCCGUACAAGUACGUGGACCGGAUCCAGGCGCUGACGUCGGCGGAUUCGCUGCCGUUUAGUCCAUUGCUGCCAGCGGUGGUCGAGGCGGCGCUGCUGAAGGCGUCUAGCGGAAACGGCCCACUGGCGAGCAGGCUGAAGGAUGCCAGCGAGGGCAAGGUUGCUGCCGAGAUGUGUGUGAACCACAUGUUUGCGUUUAUUCGAGAGCUUGUGAGCCGGAUCGCAGAGCUCAAGGGCAAGGGAGCGGCCAAGCAGCUUAGAUCGUUCAUCGAGGGGUGUGCGAAGCAGCUGUUUGACGCACGCCUGGCCAAGGCCGGUGCGAAGGCUGACAAAGAUCACUACAGCAAGGUCGCUGAGGCAUUCAGUACUUCAUUGUCGGGAACACUAACCUAUCUAUCGGCGAUCAAAUCACACAAGGGCAAGAAAACCAAAGCCGACAAGGUACCGAAGAAGCUGGGCAAGGACUUGGCAGACGCGUGCACGAAGAUGGAGUUUGCUGACCCGUCCGAUAUUCUCGACAAACUGGCCCAGGUUCUCCGCCUGCACGCUGAUUCCGCGAAACCGCAGAUGAUCACCCGCUGGCUAGUCGAGCAGGUCGCCGCUAUGCCUGCUGAUGACAUGCGGGCGGCGCUUCCGGUGGUCGCCGUGUGGAUCACGCGCUGUGACUCGCAGAAUGCGUCGCUGUGGUCGUACGCUGGGUUCACCGCACUGGCCCCGGCUCUGCUGAAGCUCGAUGACGCCCAGGUCCGCCUGGUUCUGUUCCGCGCCCUGCUGCUGAGCACCUCAUUUACCGAGCUGAUGGGUGGGGAUCUGGUGAAGCAGCUUUUGACCGCGCUCUUGGUUGCCAGCAGCGGCACAGCGGAGUUCUGCACGUACGCAACUCGGCUGGUGGGCUGGUCGACAAACACGCCUGAUACGCUGGCGUUCGCAUUCGAGCUUGUCACUGCACACGCGACGGCCCGCGGCGUUGAGCCAUUUGUUUUGGAGCGAUAUGCUGAAGCCCUUACCCCCCAGGCCAAUCUUGGCGAUUCGGAUUUGCAGCAGGCGUUUGAUUUCUACGUCUGCAAACUGGCGCGCAAGUCGAACAAGGACUGUGCAGCUGCUGCCAGGGUGUGGCAUGCACUGACUAGACGCGUUGCCGACUGCGUCACUGCGUCUGCCGACAGGCCAAGCGAGCACUCGCUAAUGUUGCUGCGCACCAUUGCACCUGUGAUCGGAUCGGAAGCGCGUGCCACUCUAGCAGCGGCCCUGGGCGCUGUUAUUGAGCGCGACUCUGCUGACGCUGAUCUGCUGCCGUCGCUGAUUUCGACAACAUACACGCUGCUUGACGACCAUUCGGAGUCAAGCGGCAGCUUGGUGGCAGUCAAGGAGAAGCUGUCGGUGCGGAUCAUUGGCCUGUGGACGGCGCGGCUGAGCGGGAAAGAGGGCAGCUCACAAAACGCCAGCGCACUGGAGCACACUGUCAAGCGGGUCACUGCGCUGCCUGGGUUUUUGACAGGCUCGGUGCAGUCCAAGCUCGUUGACAGAAUUGCCCAAGCAAAAUCCGCGUUGGUGCAUUUUGACCAGCGGUACUCGGCUGGCGACAAUGUCGUAGAUGUGCUGGCUGUGGUUUGCAAUCUGUGGCAGCGUGCAGACAUCGACGGCGCGUUCGGCGAAGAUGCAGGCAAGCGAGAGAUUCUUGCUCGCCUUCUGGCUGCUGAUGGCCAGCUGCGCAAGACUGUGUGGCAGUGGGUUGUUGAAAACACGCAGUGCAAGAGCUCGUCGCACCAGGCAUGGCUCCUGGUCUGGCUCCUGGCGAAUUUGGCCCAGGCGUGCUCCACGCAGGACUCGUAUGGCCGCAUUAGCUGGGGUAAGGCUGAUAUGGCAAGCGAUGUCAGGGCCAAGUUACUGGACACAGCGAGCCGCAUUGCCCCGGAUCAGCUGGCAAACGACUCUGAGCUGGUGUUUGCUAUGAGCGCUGCAAUCCAGGGCACAGCAGACCCUGCAAUUGCCGACGCUCUCUGCGAGGAAGCCACUUCGAACCGUGCAGCUGCUUUGCGCUCAAAGCUGCUGCGUGUGUGCGAGUAUCCGACCGAGCUCACGGCCCAUUUUGAAGCACUGGCAGAAACACUCAGCCUGAGCCGGGAACUGGCCAGCCAGAGCGAGUUUGCAUCCAUGGAUGUGCUUGCCAGUGCCUGCGAGUUCAGCCUGCGCUUCCAGUUGGACCACUUUACCAGACCCGACGCCAUGGAUGUCGAUGUGUCGGUGGACGAUACUGAGGUGGCCAAGACCGCGGUUUCCAGCUUGUUCAGUGGCUUGGAUAUGCUCAUUGGCGAUAUCUGCUCGCCGUUCUCUAUCGCCUCAGGGUGGAAGGAGUCCGAAGUCCAGGCUGCCAGCACCAAGUACCCGGUGUCCGUGUACAGGCUGCUUGCAUUUGUCGCCCAGACCGUGCAGACUGUCACAGAGGCGUACCAGCUGACACCAGAUCCGGAGCUCAAGUGGUUUGAUGCCCUGAAGCAGCUCCUCAACUGCCGCUGCUUCAUUUCACGCAUACAGGACGCGCAGCUGCGCGAUCCACUGGCACUGCUCAUAUCUGCGCUGUGGAACCUGGCGAAGCCGUCGCUAUCGCGCUGGUCGGCAUCCCUGGAUGACUACUUGUGCUUGGACGAACUUGAGAGUCUGGUCGGUGCCUAUGGCGGCAGCCGGUUGUUGGCAGACAAAAUCCUGCUCAGAGUUAUUGGCGACUACGAGGCAACGACACGGCAAAGUGUGAUGCGCGGCUUGUUGCUGUUUGGCCCCUCCGCAGCCAAGACAUAUAUCCGAGACCGGAUCGGACGGAUCGCGUACCUGAUCGACAGAAACGAAAAUGACGUGGGUGUCGUCGAUGAGGAUGUCAUUGCCCGGGCCAUUGUUAACAUCGAUAGCGGUAGGCUGUUCCGCUCGGUGCUAAACUUCCCAGUUGAACAGACCGAUGAUGGCUCACCGGUUCAGCAGAUGCUGGCAGUUCAAUUCGGAGCCGCAGUGGAGACUGACAAGGAGCAGCUGGGCCAAGUCUACGACCACGAAUUCGUGCUUAGGUGGGUCUGGUCGAUCGUGGCAUCCGGCCACACAUUUGACAUUCGUCGGCUGUUUGACAUUAACGCUGCCGGCGUUGCGUUUGUUGCCUUAUCCUCAGCCAGCGAGAAGACCCGCAAGCUGGCGUACUUCAUCCUUGACGCACUCUACCCGAUUCUCACCAGUGCGCAGAGACUGGGUGGCCAGCGCCAGUAUCUUCUGCUGUUCAACAGCCUGCGCAACGCUAUCACGGAGCGCACCCAGUGGGAGUACCCGCGCGUGCCUCUAACCAUGACCAUGUUUGCCGCCUCGUCCCUGAACGUCCUGAUGCACCCUGACCACGUCAUGUUUGGCCACGUCAACAAGCACCUUCUGUCCAAGCCUUAUUUGAGCGCUGACGAGAUCCCACUGCUGCGUUCGGCGAUGAAGUCAACGACAAACACGAAGCGCGAGCGCGUGCAUAUUCUGAGGAUGGCGGCACAGAGCGCCCGGUCGUUUGACGGCUCGUCGGACGCGUUCCGCCGCGCCAAUGUCGCCAACAUUCUGUUCACACUGGCGUCGAAUCCCUUGGGCGAUGUGCUGACCAGCAGAGCGGCAAUGACCAUGGCGUUUAAUUUGACUGGCAGACAAAACUCUGACGGGCUACUGCAGCAUGUGUCUAAGCGUCGCCCGUCGCUGCUGACCUGGAUCCGCCAGCAGGUCUCUCUGCAGCUGAAUGCUUUGCUAGGGGCGGCGUCGUUGGUGAAGGCCGAGGGAGCUACAGGAAACACGUUUAUUGCGACUCAGCAGAUGCAGGCAGCGCUGAUCAACCUGCUUGCGUUUGCACGACUACUGGCGAGAAUUGUCGGAAACUUUUCGCUGGGCGCAGACGGCAAGGAAUUCAGCCGCUUCUGGGCCGUCAAGUCGCAGGACCAGGCGAACGCCUCCGGCCAGAGCAUCGUUAUCAGUGUGGUGCAGCACGUGCUUGAUGGAGCUGCCAGAGCUAUGGCUAUGGCUGGCUGGCGGAGCCCGGGUGUUGUCAGAACCGCUCUAGCUCUGGUUCACACGUCAGUUGACAUUGCCGUGACUCUGUCCGAUAUGCAGUCAUACGCUGGCGGCAAGUCGACUGCGCUGGAGUCCUCGCCGAUCGCCUCGCUUGCCAUCCAGGCACUCAAGCCAUUAGAGCCAGCCAUUGCUCAGCCUAGCGAACCCAGUGGCAGUGAGCCGGGAUCAAUCGAGACUGUCGUCUUGUCCCAGUUCUCGGAGUCACUAUUUGCUGCUGGUGUUAGCCCGAUAGACGAGUACCGCGCCUGUGUCGAAUCGCUGCUGCUCUGGACGUGCUCGUUGGGAAAGGGAUCGGCCGAGGUCAUUAGCCGUGUUCUGGCGUCAAAUGCCCCCAGCUCCACCAAGAUUGUCUCGUGGAUCCGCCGCACAGACUUCUAGCCUAGGUACCUAGUGGCUUUUUAGUUUAUUUUGAGUCACAAAACGAUAAUGCAGUCGUACCAUUUUUC